AUGUUGAGACGAAGCGCGGUGACGUUCGCCGAAAGAGCGCUCGCCAGCAGCAGCAGAACGAGAACGUCGAAACUGGCAACGACCGCGCAGAAGAGAGGGAUGGCUGGAGGCGAAGGCGGCGUGACGCACGAAGGGUUAACCAUUCACCCGGCCGCGCCGGUGCAUAAAAUUCUAGGAACCGCCAUGGGUGGGUUGAUGUGGUUUUGGGUCAUGUAUAGAUUUUACCACGACGGCGAGACGUUGAUUUACGGACACGAACCGCAUUUCUUACACGACGACCACCACGAUGACGAUGAGGACGGCCAUAAGAAGCACUGA